GGGCGCGGAGCCUCGGCCGGGUGUCCUGGCAGAACAGUGCGUUCGGGCGUCGUCUCGCUGGAAGUGGAGUCCACACUCUGCAGCGACUCCUCAGCUCUGAGACGGUUGCUCCUGCGUGACCGUGGCGCAGGCAGUGGGCAGUGUCACCUUUUACUAAGUUGUGGUGAACCGUCCGCCCAGGCUCUGCCGCGCGUGGACUCGGGGCCGUUCCUGCCCUGCUAGAAGUGCCACCCGCUGCCACACGCGGUGACUCUCUGGUGUCUCCAGGCAGCGUGUGGCGGGCUCUGGCCAGGAGACUCCCGGACCCGGGCAGCCGCCUCCGUCCUCUGUGCUGGACCCCAGCGCCCCCCAGCGCCGCUCCCGAGCCCUGGCGCGUCUGUGAGAGCAGCGACCAUGGACGAAUCUCUGGCUGCCGUCCCGGAGAUGAGAAAUGUUCCCUCCGAAGGGACAGUGUCAUUUGAAGACGUGGCUGUGAACUUCACGUGGGAGGAGUGGCAGUGCCUGAGUGAAGCUCAGAGGACCCUGUACUGGGAUGUGAUGCUGGAGACCCGCAGUCACCUGGUGUCCCUAGGGCAUUGUGUUCCCGAUCCUGAGGAGAGCAUCAGGUCGGAGCAGGGAGUGCAGCUGUGGUCUGUGGACGAUCCCCCAAACCAGGACCUCUCAGGCAGCGUGUGGCGGGCUCUGGCCAGGAGACUCCGGACCCCGGCAGCCGCCUCCGUCCUCUGUGCUGGACCCCAGCGCCCCCCAGCGCCGCUCCCGAGCCCUGGCGCGUCUGUGAGAGCAGCGACCAUGGACGAAUCUCUGGCUGCCGUCCCAGAGAUGAGAAAUGUUCCCUCAGAAGGGAUGGUGUCAUUUGAAGACGUGGCUGUGAACUUCACGUGGGAGGAGUGGCAGUGCCUGAGUGAAGCUCAGAGGACCCUGUACUGGGAUGUGAUGCUGGAGACCCGAAGUCACCUGGUGUCCCUAGGGCAUUGUGUUAACGAUCCUGAGGAGAGGAUCAGGUCGGAACAGGGAGUACAGCCGUGGACUGUGGACUAUCCCCCAAACCAGGACCUCUCAGAUGUCCAUACUGGGGAUCACCUGACUCACGACAGCCCUGCAAAUCAGGGCAGACAUGUGUGGCAAGUUCUUACCGCCAGCAGAAAAAUACCAUCCAACGAGAGAACUGACUUAAUGGAAAAAAGCAAUUUGGACUUAAUUCAUUGUUUGAACCAUAAUAUCAAAAAUGGAAACAAUUCAGCAAUGACGCCUGAGAACGUUACUAUACAUAGGACCAUAAUGAUCCCUGGUGAGCCUCAUGAAGAGCAUGCUGGAGAGAACAAGGAGGUCUUUAGUAGAAUGAGGGAACCCAUCAAGUAUCCUGAGCACCUUAAUCACCAGGUGAUUCAGAACUUUCAACAGCCUUUUGAAUUUCGUGAACAAGGAAAAGUCUUGAGCGAAGAAACAAUAUUUUCACCUAGAGGAGCCCUUCCGGAAGGGGCUGCCCGUAAAUGCAAUGAGUGCAGGGACACCAGUGAUGAGGCAACUUUCGAUGUCCGAGACAGAACCCAAGGAGGACAGACUCCCUGCAGUUGUAAUGAAAAGGGGAGAGCUGCGGAGAUGACUCCAGUGCAUUUGAAUCUUCCUAGGUAUGUUGAACACGAGCAGCAGGAAUGUUAUGAAAGUGGGGCCAGUCUCAGCAACACAUUUCACACCUAUCCGCAUGAGAGUACCCAGUUAGGACAGAAUAAUUUUGGAUAUAAGAGAUAUGGUGAAGCGGCCUCUAAAACCUCUGUUCUGACUGAACAUCAGAAAUCACAAGCAGACGAUCAAACUGAUGAGUGUGGGGGCACCUCUGAGAUUUCCUUACAGAGGGGAUACCAGAGAAAUCUCACUGCAGUGAAGUUGUUUGGCUCUAACGAUUACAUGAAAACUUUCUCAUGGAAGACUGCCCUCGCUGUACAUCCCCAAUCUCAAACGGGAGUGAAGCGCUACCCGUGUCUGGUAUGUAAGAAAACUUUCAGGCACAAAUCUGCUUUUAGUGUGCAUCAGAAAACUCAUACAAGGGAGAAACCCUAUGAAUGUCAGGUGUGCAGGAAAGUGUUCUCCUGUAAGUCAGUUCUUGUUCUACAUGAGAGGACUCACACUGGAGAGAAACCCUAUGAAUGUGAAGGGUGUGGAAAAUCUUUUUCCAGUAAGUAUUACCUCAGUGAGCAUCAGAGAAUUCACACUGGAGAGAAGCCUUAUGAAUGUCAAGAGUGUGGGAAGACUUUCCGCCAGAAAUCAUCCCUCAGGAAACAUGAGAGAAGUCACACUGGAGAGAAGCCUUAUGAAUGUCAAGAGUGCAGGAAGACUUUCCACCAGAAAUCAUCCCUCACUGAACAUCAGAGAGUUCACACUGGUGAGAAACGCUAUUAUUGCGAUGGGUGUGGGAAAGCUUUUUCUACUAAGGCACACCUCAUUAGACAUAAGAGAAGUCACACUGGAGAGAAACCCUAUGAUUGCAAAGGGUGUGGGAAAGCUUUUUCCAGUAAGUAUUACCUCAGUGAGCAUCAGAGAAUUCACACUGGAGAGAAGCCUUAUGAAUGUCAAGAGUGUGGGAAGACUUUCCAGUGGAAAUCAUCCCUCAGUCACCAUCAGAGAAGUCACACUGGAGAGAAGCCUUAUGAAUGUCAAGAGUGCAGGAAGACUUUCCACCAGAAAUCAUCCCUCACUGAACAUCAGAGAGUUCAUACUGGUGAGAAACGCUAUUAUUGCGAUGGGUGUGGGAAAGCUUUUUCUACUAAGGCACACCUCAUUAGACAUAAGAGAAGUCACACUGGAGAGAAACCCUAUGAUUGCAAAGGGUGUGGGAAAGCUUUUUCCAGUAAGUAUUAUCUCAGUGAGCAUCAGAAAAUUCACAGUGGAGGGAAGCCUUAUGAAUGUCAAGAGUGUGGGAAGACUUUCCAGUGGAAAUCAUCCCUCAGUCACCAUCAGAGAAGUCACACUGGAGAGAAACCCUAUUAUUGUGAAAAGUGUGGGAAAACUUUUUCUAGUAAGUCACACCUCAUUACUCAUCAGAGAAUUCACACUGGAGAGAAACCCUAUGAAUGUGAAGGGUGUGGGAAAGCUUUUUCCAGUAAGUCAUCCCUCAGUCACCAUCAGAGAAUUCACACUGGAGAGAAACUGUAUAAAUGUGAAGUGUGUGGGAAAGCUUUUUCCAGUAAGUCUAACCUCAGUGAGCAUCAGAGAAUUCACACUGGAGUGAAGCCUUUUGAAUGUCAAGAGUGUAGGAAGACUUUCCACUGGAAAAUAUCCCUCAGUAUCCAUCAGAGAAGUCACACUGGAGAGAAGCCUUAUGAAUGUCAAGAGUGUAGGAUGACUUUCCAGUGGAAAUCAUCCCUCAGUAACCAUCAAAGAAUUCACACUGGAGAGAAGCCUUAUGAGUGUCAAGUGUGCAGGAAGACUUUCCACCUGAAAUCAUUACUCACUGAACAUCAGAGACUUCACAUUGGUGAGAAACGCUAUGAUUGCAAAGAGUGUGGGAAAGCUUUUUCUACUAAGGCACACCUCAUUAGACAUCAGAGAAGUCACACUGGAGAGAAACCCUAUGAUUGUGAAGAGUGUGGGAAAGCUUUUUCCAGUAAGUCAUCCCUCAGUCACCAUCAGAGAAGUCACACUGGAGAGAAACCCUACGAAUGUGAAGGGUGUGGGAAAGCUUUUUCCAGUAAGACUUACCUCAGUGACCAUCAGAGAAUUCACACUGGAGAGAAGCCUUAUGAAUGUCAAGAGUGUGGGAAGACUUUCCAUUGGAAAUCAUCCCUCAGGAAACAUAAGAGAAAUCACACUGGAGAGAAGUCUUAUGAGUGUCAAGAGUGUGGGAAAACUUUUUCCAGAAAGCACUCUCUCACUGGACAUCAGAGAAGUCACUGGAGAAAGUCCCUGUGAUUGUUAAGAAUGUGGGAAAACUUUUCAGGAAGUCAGCCCUCACUAAGCAUGACAGAAUCCACACUGGAUGGAAAUGCUAUGAAUGUCAAGAGUGGACAGGCAGGCCUCCCCUGGUGGCGCAGGUGGUUGAACGCAGCGCUGUGAAGCUGUCCGUGGCCUUUGCGGUGCGAGUUUGAUUCCCUGGCCGGCCAGGAGCAGCCCCAUGGUGCAGCAGACCUCUCCUGUCUCGCCCGGUGCGAGUAUUUCAGCCGUGUAUUUCGGUCAGUCUGCCUGUUCUGUUCCCCGUCUGUCUCUGGUGCAGCCUCUCACCCUCCCAGACAUCUGGCCUGUACCCCGGUUCUUGUAUGCUUGAAUAAAUAAAAAUCAUUUAAAAAAUAUUCAAACUUGGGAGCUCAACCACAUCAUUCAGUUGAGAGCAAUGGGAACUGACAUACAGUUUCACUCCUAAUUGCGUGGAGUUUCCUGGUUCACUCUUCUCCCAAGUUCAUGCAGUGAUGAUGUCUCUGUUCCUGUUGCUGUUGC